AUGGCUGAGCUUUACGAAACAUUCCGCAAUAUUCAACCCACCGACAACUUUCGACAGCGCAACACCCCCAUAACCGCCGUCAAAAUGGUCAACAUUCCCAAGACCCGUAAGACCUACUGCAAAGGCAAGGAAUGCCGAAAGCACACCCAGCACAAGGUCACCCAGUACAAGGCUGGCAAGGCCUCUCGGUUCGCGCAAGGAAAGAGACGUUACGACCGAAAGCAAUCCGGUUAUGGUGGUCAGACCAAGCCUGUGUUCCACAAGAAGGCUAAGACAACGAAGAAGGUCGUGUUGAGAUUGGAAUGUGUUGCUUGCAAGACCAAGAUGCAGCUGGCGUUGAAGCGAUGCAAGCACUUCGAGCUUGGUGGUGACAAGAAGACGAAGGGUGCCGCUCUGGUGUUCUAA